CUUCCGGUUCCAUACAAACUCUCCCGCCACCCGGGAAAAGCGGUUUCCAGCGUUUGUGUUUUCCCGCGUUUGGGUGCUUGUAAGUGACCAAGAUGCAGUUUUCUGGAGGAAAGAGGAGGAAGCUGAGAUUGGCAGGUGAUCAGAGAAAUGCUUCCUACCCUCAUUGCCUUCAGUUUUACUUGGAACCACCUUCUGAAAACAUAUCUUUGACUGAGUUUGAAAACUUGGCUAUUGAUAGAGUUAAAUUGCUAAAAUCAGUUGAAAAUCUUGGUGUGAGCUAUCUGAAAGGAACUGAGGAAUACCAGAGUAAGUUGGAAGCUGAGCUUCGAAAGCUUAAGUUUUCCUACAGAGAAAACUUAGCAGAUGAAUAUGAACCGCGAAGAAAAGAUCAUAUUUCUCAUUUUAUUUUGCGCCUCGCUUAUUGCCAGUCCGAAGAUCUCAGACGCUGGUUCAUUCAACAAGAAAUGGAUCUCCUUCGAUUUCGAUUCAGCAUUUUACCCAAGGACAAAAUUCAAGAUUUCUUAAAAGAUAGCCAUUUGCAGUUUGAGGCUGUAAGUAUAUUUUUGUAGUUGUUUUCAAUUGUUUUCACGAUUCAUCCCUCCCUUUUGUCUUAAGUGUUGGUACUAAUAUGUGGAAUUCAUUCUCUUUACAUUCUCUUCCUAAAUUCCUGCCUGAUAACGGAAGCUAGCGUACAACAAUGAACCUUUCCUCCUCUGUGACCAGAGGAAAAGGGGCUCCUUAGUAACAAAGCCUCACGUUUAGUUGGUCUGUUAAAUAUGUGAUUUAUUAAAGUACAAAAAGGUUUAGUUUAUAAAAGUUCAUCUGUAACUAAAAUCUUGUAUGUCAAAAUUUUAAAGCUAAUAAUGUAUUAAA